UCUCGCGCUGGCCCCACGGCCUCGGCCUCCUCCUCCUCCUCCUCCUCCUGCAGUUGCUGCCGCCGGUGACCCUUGGCCAGGACCGGCUGGACGCGCCGCCGCCGCCCGCUGCCCCGCUGCUGCGCUGGUCUGGCCCCAUCGGGGUGAGCUGGGGGCUGCGGGCUGCCGCGGCCGGGGGCGCGUUUCCCCGCGGCGGCCGUUGGCGUCGCAGCGCGCCAGGCGAGGACGAGGAGUGCGGCCGGGUCCGGGACUUCGUCGCCAAGCUGGCCAACAACACGCACCAGUUGUCAAAAUCUCUUGAACGUCGUUUUUCGUCUGUAUAAAUAAUCAGGACCCAGUAACGCUGUUAGGCCCCAGGAAGGUGAAGGAGUAAUUAACUCUUGUGCGCUUGCAGAAGUUGGGCUGUGCCGAAGCAAAGCAUGUGUUUGAUGAUCUCCGAGGCUCAGUAUCCUUGUCCUGGGUUGGAGAUAGCACUGGGGUCAUUCUAGUCUUGACUACCUUCCAUGUACCACUGGUAAUUAUGACUUUCGGACAGUCCAAGCUAUAUCGAAGUGAGGAUUAUGGGAAGAACUUUAAGGAUAUUACAAAUCUCAUCAAUAACACCUUUAUUCGGACGGAAUUUGGCAUGGCUAUUGGUCCUGAGAACUCUGGAAAGGUGGUAUUAACAGCAGAGGUGUCUGGAGGAAGUCGUGGAGGAAGAAUCUUCAGAUCAUCAGAUUUUGCGAAGAACUUUGUGCAAACAGAUCUCCCUUUUCAUCCCCUCACUCAGAUGAUGUAUAGCCCUCAGAAUUCUGACUAUCUUUUAGCUCUCAGCACUGAAAAUGGCCUGUGGGUGUCCAAGAAUUUUGGGGGAAAAUGGGAAGAAAUCCACAAAGCAGUAUGUUUGGCCAAAUGGGGAUCAGACAACACCAUCUUCUUUACCACCUAUGCAAAUGGCUCCUGCAAAGCUGACCUUGGGGCUCUGGAAUUAUGGAGAACUUCAGACUUGGGAAAAAGCUUCAAAACUAUUGGCGUGAAAAUCUACUCAUUUGGUCUUGGGGGACGUUUCCUUUUUGCCUCUGUGAUGGCUGAUAAGGAUACAACAAGAAGGAUCCACGUUUCAACAGAUCAAGGGGACACGUGGAGCAUGGCCCAGCUCCCCUCUGUGGGACAGGAACAGUUCUAUUCUAUUCUGGCAGCAAAUGAUGACAUGGUAUUCAUGCAUGUAGAUGAACCUGGAGACACUGGGUUUGGCACAAUCUUUACCUCAGAUGAUCGAGGCAUUGUCUAUUCCAAGUCUUUAGACCGACAUCUCUAUACUACCACAGGCGGAGAGACGGACUUUACCAAUGUGACCUCCCUCCGCGGCGUCUACAUAACAAGCGUGCUCUCUGAAGAUAAUUCUAUCCAGACCAUGAUCACUUUUGACCAAGGAGGAAGGUGGAAGCACCUGAGGAAGCCUGAAAACAGUGAAUGUGAUGCUACAGCAAAAAACAAGAAUGAGUGCAGCCUUCAUAUUCAUGCUUCCUACAGCAUCUCCCAGAAACUGAAUGUUCCAAUGGCCCCACUCUCAGAGCCGAAUGCCGUAGGCAUUGUCAUUGCUCAUGGUAGCGUGGGGGACGCCAUCUCAGUGAUGGUUCCAGAUGUGUACAUCUCAGAUGAUGGGGGUUACUCCUGGACAAAGAUGCUGGAAGGACCCCACUAUUACACCAUCCUGGAUUCUGGAGGCAUCAUUGUGGCCAUUGAGCACAGCACCCGUCCUAUCAAUGUGAUUAAGUUCUCCACAGACGAAGGUCAGUGCUGGCAAACCUACACGUUCACCAGGGACCCCAUCUAUUUCACUGGCCUAGCUUCAGAACCUGGAGCGAGGUCCAUGAAUAUCAGCAUUUGGGGCUUCACAGAAUCUUUCCUGACCAGCCAGUGGGUCUCCUACACCAUUGAUUUUAAAGAUAUCCUUGAAAGGAACUGUGAAGAGAAGGACUAUACCAUAUGGCUGGCACACUCCACAGACCCUGAAGAUUAUGAAGAUGGCUGCAUUUUGGGCUAUAAAGAACAGUUUCUGCGGCUACGCAAGUCAUCCGUGUGUCAGAAUGGUCGAGACUAUGUUGUGACCAAGCAGCCCUCCAUUUGCCUCUGUUCCCUGGAGGACUUUCUCUGUGAUUUUGGCUACUACCGUCCAGAAAAUGACUCCAAGUGUGUGGAGCAGCCAGAACUGAAGGGCCAUGACCUGGAGUUUUGUCUGUAUGGAAGAGAAGAACACCUAACAACAAAUGGGUACCGGAAAAUUCCAGGGGACAAAUGCCAGGGUGGGGUAAAUCCAGUUCGAGAAGUAAAAGACUUGAAAAAGAAAUGCACAAGCAACUUUUUGAGUCCGGAAAAACAGGACUCCCGCCCACAGGGACACAGCUUGUCCCAGAAUCCAGCUCCGCCUCCUCUGGGAUACAUUGAAAACACACACUCCCUAUUUCCCACCCAGAAGCAGAAUUCCAAGUCAAAUUCUGUUCCAAUUAUCCUGGCCAUCGUGGGAUUGAUGCUGGUCACAGUCAUAGCAGGAGUGCUCAUUGUGAAGAAAUAUGUCUGUGGGGGAAGGUUCCUGGUGCAUCGAUACUCUGUGCUGCAGCAGCAUGCAGAGGCCAAUGGCAUGGAUGGUGUGGAUGCUUUGGACACAGCCUCCCACACUAAUAAAAGUGGUUAUCAUGACGACUCGGAUGAGGACCUCUUGGAAUAGCUCUUCAGAGGAGCUGGACCCAGCGUGAAUGGUGGAACCACAGUACCUCUUACACUCCCUGUGGCUCCAACUUCGGGAAAUAAAUUUCCCAUUGCGAGGGACCCAGCUCUGUUUCUGCUGCUUCCAUCAAAGCCAAAAGGACCUACAUUAAAGAAAUGCAGGGUGGGGGUGGGGAACCCUGAGCACUUUUUUACAAUUGGCUCUGAGAAGAAGGGGGACAUUUUAAAUUCUUUAACUUCUUAUUUCUCGUCCUGUCUCUUUGCAAAGUAUGGGCUUUUGUUUUUGUUUUUUAAGGGAAAUGAAAUGGAAUUCGAAGGGACCUUUUCACUAACCUCACUUCUGUGUGUUCUGCAUGGCGCCUGCCCCAGGGCAUCUGCCAACUCCAGCAUCAGCUCUCCCAGUGUACUUGGUACCAUCCCUGGGCUCUGCUGGCGAGACGAAGCAGCUGUAGAGAUGAAAACAGGCUGCAGAGGCUGGCACAGCCUGGCCGGCUUUUCUCCAUCUGGGGACAGUCCUUCUCCAAGAACACUGCACACCAGCUCCUCACACAGAUCCCACUUCCUUUUUUUGUGUUUUUCAGAGACCACAGACCACAGUGAUUUUUCUUUUCCCAUGUUUAAUUAGGCAAUACCCUUGUUAAUUGCCCUUUGGCAACUAAGUUAAACAUGUGCUUCCCACACAGUAAAUCAGGAAGACUUACAGGGCAAUAUUUUUAACUUGGGGCAGGAAGAAGGGAGCAGCAGAGAAUUGACUAGAUUUAGCACCUAUUAAAACUCUUGCUUCUUCUGAGAUCUUUCAAGCUGUGCUUUGUGUGUGUGCCAGUGGACUUACUCAAGGACAGGGUACAGACUUAGCUGGAAGUCUGCCCAGGCUGAAUGAUCUCUUCCCUAGAGUUGAUUGUCGGGUACACAGUGUGGCCCCCCCGAAGACGGAACCUCACAGUCUUCCCUGUUCGCUUUUUAACUGUCAUGUGGCUCAUUGCUGAAUCAUGUCAAUGGCUGCCUGUCUGCUGCUUCUUAGGUUGCUGUUGUACAUGGAACCAGGACUAGAGAUUUUUUCAGAUGUAUAGACUUAAAAAAUUAGAAUUUCAUUACCAGGCUCUCCUUCUCACCACUUUUUUUGGCUUCACCAAGUAAUUUGUUGAUAUGAAAAUUUUGGAGGAACCAGUUGGAAACACAUUUCCAGUCUAGAUGAUGCUUUGUGUAGAUGCAUUGAUUUCUUAUUUUGAAUUGAAAAAAGUUUUCCAUUUGAUACUUCUCUAAAUUAAAUAAAUUAUAGAAUGUAGUUGGGUGAAUUUUGGGGUGCCCAUAUAGUAAUGGAAAGCUGUAAUAAUUAGUUUUAAUACAGCUUGAAUAUUUGCUAUAUAGGAAUGUAGUAUGGAAAGUUUUGGUCUUACUGUAGCUACUGUGCGGGUCACAGUUUAUCCCAGUGAUUAUGACUGGGACAUUCUUUGGUAGAUACCAUUUGCUACUAGUUUAUUUUGUGGCUAGAAAGUCAGGUUUUUUUUGUUUUUUUUUUUUUAAGUGCCAAAUUAACUUUCGUCAGAAUGUGAGCAGAUGGCUAAGUUCUCUCCUCCCCAGAAUGGAUUAACAGCUGCGUGGAAAGUGGGGGAGAGAGUGGAUGGAGACUUUUAGAGACAUUGAAACUGCAGUAGAAUUAAAUGAGUCAGGGAGCUUUAUUUUCUAACGGAAGCUCACUGACUCAUUUAAUAAAUGGGCAGUUGUUGCGAAGAUAAUUAAUAUGGUUAGGGCUGGAGUGCACUGGUCUUUUUGCUAAUUCAUUUUGCAUGGUUUUAAAAUUAAAAAUAAUUCCAAAGAUACGCCAGCUCACAAAUGAAAGCGUCAGCCUCUGUCCUACCCUCCCUCCUGCCCAAACCACUUUGGUGCCCAUAAAAGAACUGUUUACACCACUUACCUUUCUCCCAGCAUGUACUCACUGUGGGUAGAUGCACCAAUACAUGGUAAUCCUCUUACUCAUUUUAAGACGUAAGAAACUUAAUAUUCUUCUCUAACCCAUAUACGAUUACCAGUGGAGCUAGCCAUUGGUAAUGGCUAUUAUAAGCUCUUCACUUAUAAUGAUAUCUGGGAUUUCUGUGGAACUUGGCAAAUGUUCAGAGCACCUUCACUCACAUAAUGUCAUUUGAACCUCACAUUGUUCUUGGGAUGGAGUCAGUUGUUCAGGGUUCCCAUGUGUGUGAUAAGCAGUACUGGCUGGCUGUCUUCAGAACUCCUGGAAAUCUUUAUGCAUUUGAGUGCUGACCACUUUGAGCAGGGCAGCCUUCAUGUAGAUGACUUGCUGUUCUUUAUGACAGGGAUCAGUGGCAUUUGUUUCCGAGCAGUAUUUAGCACCUUUUUGCCACCUUGGUGAACAGAAAAUUGUAUUUUCCUGUCUUUCAUGACUGAAAACAAAAGUAAUGGGAAUUAUGUAUUUGCAGAAACUGCCCUUCCCCUCAUUGAGGGUCACUGCUCAAGAGUGCAGAAGUGGACUCUCCACUGAUGGGUCUCCCUCCCCAUCCUGAUUUCCACCCCAGGCUGGCUAGCUCCAUUGGUUUGAAGACUGACAGCCAGCCUGACUCAUUCUCAUUAUUGGCUAGUUAGCUUUCUUUAUCAGCCUGCUCACUCACAAAUGUAUGUCCUCAGCCAGAGAGUAAGACAGCCCAAAUCCGUUACAGCUUUAAAAAAAAAUAGAUUUCUAAUUUGCCCUACUCAUGUUAGGAACAUUAUCUUUGAAGGUAAAACAUAGUAUAUCAUUGUGUAAACUCCCAGGCUUGAUGUAGCAGAAGAGAUCAUUUCUGGAGGCUUCAGCAAUGGAAUUUAGCAUUAUAAGAGAGAUUGAACAUACCAGUCCAAAGUGGUCCGAGUUGUUAAAUCCAGGUAGGGAACUCACUCUUCUUUCUGCUCUGGGCCUAAGGGGGCAUUGGGCUUUAGUGAGACCACAGACCAGGCUGGUCUCUCCUGGAGGCUGUUAAUUCAAUGGCAACUCUAUUUCAAAGAAUAAAAGCCUUUGGAGAGUUGCGGCAGUUCUGGGGGUGGGCUCAGGAGAGUCCGUAGAUCAGCUGUAACUGGAACUUGGAAUCGGUGUCUGCCUCUGAAUGGACUUCCCACCUCCUCUCUCUUGCUCUGAGGCUUGCCUCUGGGCCUCUCCAUGCCCAAGCUGCCUUUCAUCCCUGACAGGCUGGUAAUGUGCUGACCACCUCCAGCUCCUGCCUCGAGUCUGUAAACCAGAGCUGGUUCUCUCAUGACCUUCGUCACGAUACCAGGAUACGAAGAGGAGCCCGGGGCCAUCCACACCCACCCUAGGGUAACAGGGCUGGCCUGGCAUUAGUCAUUAUUUAGUUUCCAGGCCAACCAUCCAGGUAGAGAUUCCCUCUUUCCUUUGAGCAGCGCUCUCAAGAGCCUGUCCACAAUGACCUAGAGUGCAUCCUGCUCACUGUGAGUGUAGGGCGACACUAUACAUAUAUAAACUGUAUAGUGUACAUGGUAAUGAGUUAUUGCUAUGCCCCUUGCCCCUAUAUUCAUCCAGGAUACUUGGAACUGCUGAAAUAGGAAGGGAUUCGGCUUUCAACUUUGCUGCCAUCUUCCCUAAGGCAGGAAAAUGAACAUGGACUUAAAUGUCCUUUGAAAAAAAACCAAAGUUUUAAGAUUUGCUGUGUGAUGAAGUGACAGGGAGGGCCAGAGUUAGCAGGUGCCAGACUUUCUGUUCCAUCUGCCACGGGUUCGUCCAGCUCAGGUAGCUCUAGGAGCACCAUCCUGCCCUAACAGAGCCCAGGCCUUCCCCUCAUGAAGCAUCACUGAAAUAGCAGGAACAUGUUGAUGUCUUAGUUAGGUUGCAUUACAAUAACAAGAGUCAGAAAAUUAAUUCGAAACAACUUGGCAGUAUGCAUUUCUUCACACCAGUACAUUCUUAAAUGUACUUGUUUAUAAGGAAUAACAAACUAAUCUGUACCUUUAUAUAUAUGUGUGUGUACAUAUAUACAUAUAUAAACUGUAUAGUGUACAUGGUAAUGAGUUAUUGCUAUGCCCCAGAUCCUUAAUGUAGUUCUCAUCCUCCGCAUGCCCUCAGCCACAAGUGGGUGACUGACAGCUCCCUGAUGAUUUGGCCCACCUCCUGUGUUCGGACCUCUAGGGAGGAGGGUUUUGGUUAUAUUCUCCUUUUCCUCCUGCACAGAAAUGCUCAGGGUCCCCAUGUGCCUGUUGUUCAACCCUCUCUCUUGUUCCCUUUCUGAGCAUGUGGUCCUUCCCCCAAGCUGUGGGACAUCUGCCUUCCUACGAAAGUGUAAAGCAGUAUUAAGAUCAUUACUGCAUGUGCCCUAAAAACCCAAGUUUUCUAUUCCCUUGGGACAGAAAAUUGCAUGUGAGGUGGGAUAAUCGAGUUUCAGUGACCCACAUCAGUUACACAUUAAAGCCAGGCCCCAUAAUAAAAUUCCACAAAAUGGAAAUAAAACUCAAAUUUCUUUAGCAUUGUGUAAAUAAAUCUGAAUGUGUUUAACUUUGUACUGGUAAUUUUCUGUAUAUUUGGAAUAUUUGGGUUAAAAAUAAAACAGACUGGACUUUGUUACCUAACCUA